AUGCUUUCGCUCAAGGCAACCCUGAGCUUCGUGGCUCUGCUGCCCUUCGCCCUACUUGUUGCCGGCCAGACCAACCUCAGUGACAUCCCCGCGUCGACGCUCUACCAGAUCACCGACUUUGGUACGAACCCCAACAAUGUGGCCAUGUACGUCUACAAGCCUGCCCAAGUCGCAGCGAACCCGCCUUUGCUCGUCGCCAUGCACUACUGCACGGGCACGGCGGAGGCAUACUACUCUGGUUCUAAGUUCGCCGAGCUCUCUGAGACGUACGGCUACCUCGUCCUCUACCCAUCUUCCCCCCACUCCGGCACCUGCUGGGACGUCUCCUCCAACGAGACGCUCGCCCACAACGGCGGGAGCGACUCGCUCGGGAUCGCCUCCGCCGCGCUGUUCGCCAUCGAGUACUGGGGCGUCGACGCGAGCCGCGUCUUCGCCGUCGGCACGUCCUCGGGCGCGAUGAUGACGAGCGUGCUCGCGGGUGCAUACCCGGACAUCUUCAGCGCGGGCGUCGUUGACUCUGGCGUCGCGGACGCGUGCUUCUGGCUCCCCGACGAGCCCGAGGACAGCUGGAACGCGCAGUGCGCCGAGGGCGAGCUGAUUCUCACCGGUGAGGAAUGGGCGCAGCGCGUAUACAACGCGUACCCCGGCUACACGGGUGCGCGGCCGAAGAUGCAGGUCUGGCAUGGAACCGCCGACACGACCGUCUACCCGCAGAACUUCUACGAGUCCAUCAAGCAGUGGACGACCGUCUUUGGGUACCCGACCACGCCGAUCUCGAACGUCUCCGAGUCGUACCUCCCGAGCGGAUACUCCAACUCGACUUAUGGACCUAUGUUCCAGGCAAUCCUCGCGCAGGGCGUCGGCCACACCGUCCCCUUGUUCGAACAGCAGUAUCUCGAGUUCAUGGGGAUUGCGUGA